CCUACUGGCAGAGAAAAGGUCCUGUGAAUUUAAUUCUUUUAAGCAACUUUAACAAUUUGUGUACAAUUGCUUAGCCAUUGAACCAUGACUAUAACCUGUAAGCUCAACAAGUCAGCCAAAUUUCUCAAUGUAUUAGGUAGACAGACAAGCCCUUGUACUUAACCACUUUGAGUUAUUUUAUUGUACAAGUAUAGGCUGUUGGAAGGCGACUUUCCUUUCUUUUCUUUUCUUUUAUUAUUUGAUUCUUUCCCCUGGUUUUAAUUUUCUUUUUUUCAAUAAAAGAUCUUGGGUAGCUUAUUUGCUGUAAUGUCUAUAUAACAUGUACAUGGAAAGGCCAUUUGCCACCUUCAAAUAUUCCAGCCAUCAAAUAAUCCCCCUCUUUGAAUUUUAACGAUUGUUAAGGCUUUCAAUUAGAGAUGGCCCUGUCAAGUGCUCUCCUGAUUCUUCUGUUAGCUGUUCCAGCAGUUUACGGUGUGGAGCACGACGUUGGUGGCAGCUCAGGAUGGACCAAUUUCGGUGUAGAUUACUCCACUUGGGCUGCUGCUGAAACAUUCACCGUUGGUGACACUCUUGUGUUCAGCUAUGGCACAAACCACCAAGUGGCUGAAGUAAGUGAAAGCGACUACAACAGUUGCAGCUCCAGUAAUGCCAUCGAAACCCACACUGGUGGAAGCACAACAGUUACCUUAUCAAAGACUGGAAAAAGGUUUUUCAUUUGUCCUACAGGUGGUCACUGUGGCAGUGGCAUGAAGCUUGCAAUCGAUGUUGUUGCCGCCAGCACCACCCCUGGCACCACUCCCGCCACCCCUCCACCCCCUUCUGGCUCCACUACCCCGGAUGCUGGCACCCCGCCGACCACCCCUUCUUCCACUACCUCUCCUCCACCUCCGCCUUCCGAUAAUGGAGCAGCUAGCAUUUUCGUUAACGUGAUGCUUGGUUCGUUGCUUGUAUCGGGGUCAACUCUUGCAUUGAUGGUCUAGGGGAGAGGCAGUGCUGAGAUUAAUGAUGUUGUAACAUUUGUGUUUGUAAAAUCAUGAGGUUCUACUGAAUAUGAGAUGUGUAGAUUUCUGUUUAAUAUUAUCACAUUGAAUAAUUGAUUUUGAUUUAUGGCUUUUCAAGUUAA